CCGCCUCCCCACCUCGCUGCCACUCCUAAAAUGGCGGCGCGGAAGGGCCCGUGGCUGCCCGGAGUGCGCCUGCGCACAGCGGAGCGGAGUGCAGUGAAAUUCCUGGCGGGCGGGGGGAGGAGGAGGUGGCGGCGAGGAGGAGGGCGGCACGGAGCCACGGCCGCGCGCCCCUGGCAGGGACCCUGCGUGCUGUGGCGGCGGGCGCGGUGCGGGCGGGCUGAGGGCCACUCGCCGCCGCCUCGGGCGCUGGGAGCACCGGGAGCCGCGCCGUCCUCGGGACUCGCUCCGCAGGCAGAAAGGGGGAGAAUGACGGAGCUCCAGUCCGCCUUGUUACUGCGGAGACAGCUAGCAGAGCUCAACAAAAAUCCAGUGGAAGGCUUUUCAGCGGGCUUAAUAGAUGACAAUGAUCUUUAUCGAUGGGAAGUCCUUAUCAUUGGUCCUCCAGAUACACUAUAUGAAGGUGGUGUUUUCAAGGCUCAUCUGACUUUUCCAAAAGACUACCCACUGAGGCCACCAAAAAUGAAGUUCAUCACAGAGAUCUGGCAUCCGAACGUUGACAAGAAUGGUGAUGUCUGCAUUUCCAUUCUUCAUGAGCCUGGAGAAGACAAAUAUGGCUAUGAAAAGCCUGAGGAACGCUGGCUUCCCAUUCACACAGUGGAAACUAUUAUGAUUAGUGUAAUUUCUAUGCUGGCAGAUCCCAAUGGUGAUUCUCCUGCUAACGUUGAUGCAGCGAAAGAAUGGAGAGAAGACAGAAAUGGAGAAUUUAAAAGAAAAGUUGCCCGCUGUGUAAGAAAAAGCCAAGAAACUGCUUUUGAGUGACACUUAUUCAGCAGCUAGUAGCUUCACUUUUUUCAGGGUCUCCAAUUGAGAAACAUGGCACUGUUUUUUUUCCUGCACUCUACCCACCUAUUGCUGGACUUCUGUUGUUACAAGUUGGCAAAUACUGGCUGGAACUGGGCUGCAAUAAAACAUGCCAGUUAUCAAUGCUGACAAGAGCCUAACAAGUGCCAACACAAGAUGAUUACGCAUUUUGAAAUCUAAUGAACUGCUUUAACCUUCAGGAAGAAUUGUAAAGAUGUGUACAUAGCACAACAUGAUCCGGAUAAUAUAUAUACUGUUCAUGUACAUCCACAAAUACACAUUGUACCAAAUAAUGCUGUCUGUAGGUAGGAAUAGAAUCGUGUAAAUUCUAAAGAUUUUAGCAGGUUUUUUCCCUAUUCAUUGUUUCCUAUCAGUUUGAAAAAACAAACAAACAACAAAACAAGAACAACCAACAACUUGUGAAGCAUGUCAAACUAAAACCAAUUAGGAUUAAAGUCCUUUUUUUUCCCCCACUUCAAUUUUCCUUUGACCCAUUGAGGCUUAAUUAAAAUUUCUUGUUAUUGAAGUUUAGUAUCUUUUGUUUUGUGUUUUUUUUUUUUUUGUUUUUUUUGAAAUGUGCUCCCUUUUAUUCCCUCAUCAGAAUUUAAAGUUUUCCUAAUUAAACCCUGAAGGGAUUUGCUAUCAAUUACUUGUGUCUUCUUUUAUGAUGACCUUUGUAGUCCCUAAGGUGCUUUUUUUCCCUUACCACCUUUUUUUUUUUUGUUUAAAUAACCAAUUGCACAUGCUUCUUGAAUUGGGUAUAGCAAUAAAACUGGCCAUGGAGCACCCUUGAGCAGCCUGCUGGGUUUUACCUUCCAAGGGACUUGAGCGCUUUUGUUCAGAAGUUGAGUUGACUAAGUUAGUCUAGUCCAAGAUGGGGAUAAGCUGCUUUCUAUGGGUGACUUGUUUUUUUUUGCCUUUUCCAUUGCCUGUUUGUGGGGUGGGGUGUGUGAGGGAGAUGUUUUUUCUCAAGGUUGAAUUCAAGCAUGCGCAUCUGUAGGCUUUCAAAUGACUAACUUCUGGGUUUGGUAUCAGAACUAGUUUUUUCUUCUUAUCCCUUUUCUCUCUUCUGUGGCCCUUCAUAUUCUUUGCCUUCUAUUUCAGAGUUUUCCUCACCUAAUGUACAAAGAAAAUUGCGAUGUAUAUUUUCAUGUAAUUUGAUUUUUUGGAAUUCUGUCACCUUCUGUAGUGAGUUCUUCCAAAAUAUAAUUUUUUCCAAUA